AUGCCAAUAGAAAACAAUGCGUAUGUAGCGAUUGCUAUUAUCCCAAUUGCGCUCGUAUUGGUUGAUGAUUUUAAGUUUCACAGCAUAUCAAUUCCCAAAUCAUUAUCAUUUACGGUUAUUUUCAUUGUUGCAUCGCUCGUAUGUCAAAAUAUAUAUACAAACCAAAUGACUCAGUUGCAACGAAAAACAAUGAAUCAUAUAAAGAAGAGACGAACAGAACCUACCAAAAACAAGAAGAAGAGAAAAUCUUUAAUACAUCUUGUCGAUAACAGAAAGUCAUUCGAUCUGACGAAAUGGAAGAGCAAAAAUCAUCCCUUUGCUAAUCGAUACAGCAGUUACUCUGAAAAAAAUUCACCCCUGUCAAAACCUUAUAAGAGGGUUAAUUCUUGGCAUGGAGAGCUCCUAAAUUCGGACAACCCUUUAUUUCCACGUGAAAGGAUUGCAUUAAUGAUACCCUCACCCCCUUCCUCAAGCCAAGGUGAAACUUUCGAAAACAACCUAUAUUCAGGCGAUUUUCGCUCUUCCGUACUCUCUACAAGUAGUACAAUCUUUGAAAAUGAUAAUUCUAGAAUCACAAUCGACUCAGAUAGCAAUAUAGUAGACAUGUCCAUUGACCUCAACAUAAACUGCGAUGGUCAAGAUAGUAGUUUCUUUCAGCCUGCCUCUCAAAGUAAGACAAGAUAUAUAGCCACUUAUCUUUAUGACAGGUUCAGAAAAAGUAAGGCAGAAAAUUCCAGCUACAAUAAAAAUUGUGCCUUGGAUCCAUCACACUUGAAACCUUUCAAUCUCACAAAUCGAGAUAUUCAUGACCGUAGUAAGUAUUAG